AGCUGACUGAAUGUGGGGAAGCAGAUUUCAGUUUUGCCUUGAGGAAGUUGCGGCUGUUGGGGUGACACACUGGGCAGUCAUGGCCUUGGAGGGUGCCCAAGAAGCCAGAGGCUCCCGCGCCCAUCCACAGAAAGUCGCUGCACAGGGGAGAGGCCGACCUCAGAGCAUGAAAGAGAUAACUCUCACAUUUGUGAAGCAGGCAAGAAUUCACGGGAUCAAAUACAUCUGCUCACAACACUAUUCGCUGCACCAUCGAGUGGUUUGGUUCUUGGCCUUUUGCACCUCUUUGGGGUUCCUGAUCUCUUGGUCCUCUAAUCGAUUCCUUUACCUGCUCUCGUUCCCGUCCCACACCAAGUUUCACAUGGAGUGGACCAAGGAGCUGAACUUCCCCGCUCUCACUAUAUGCAACAAUAACCCCAUCCGCUUUUACCAGUUGACCAAAAGUGACCUGUACUACGCGGGGCAGUGGCUGGGGCUGCUCACCGAGAACCGCACCGCUCGCCCCCUGGUCAUUGAGCUGAUCAAAGAAGAUAGGCAGCAGUGGUUCCAAAAACUUUCCGACUUCCGCCUCUUUCUGCCGCCCCGGAGUUUUGAAGGCAUCAGCCUGGAUUUCAUGGACCGCCUGGGCCAUCAGCUGGAUGACAUGCUUCUUUCUUGCAAAUACCGAGGGGAUAUGUGUGGGCCGCAGAACUUUACCUCAGUUUUUACCAGAUAUGGGAAGUGCUACAUGUUUAACUCAGGAAGUGAUGACAAGCCUCUACUGACUACCGUGCAGGGUGGAACUGGGAAUGGCCUUGAGAUAAUGUUGGACAUUCAGCAGGAUGACUACUUGCCGGUCUGGGGUGAAGCUGAAGACACCACAUUUGAAGCUGGGAUAAGGGUACAGCUGCAUACUCAGUCUGAACCACCAUUUGUACACGAACUGGGAUUUGGAGUUGCACCAGGAUUCCAAACGUUUGUUUCCACUCAAGAACAACGGCUGAUAUACCUACCACCGCCUUGGGGAGACUGUCAAUCUUUAGCAGUCAACACUGACUUUUUCCCAACCUAUAGCAUCACAGCUUGCAGGAUUGACUGUGAAACAAGGUACCUAGUGGAGAACUGCAACUGUCGGAUGGUGCACAUGCCAGGUGAUGCCCACUAUUGCACCCCUGAACAGUACAAGGAAUGUGCGGAGCCUACAUUAGACUUGCUGGCAAAGAUGAACAAUAAUUGUCUCUGCAAGACGCCGUGUUAUCUAACGCGCUACAACAAAGAGCUGUCCAUGGUAAAGAUUCCGAGCAGAACCUCUGCAAAGUAUCUUGAGAAGAAAUUUAACAAGACUGAAAAAUACAUUUCGGAGAAUAUUUUAGUGCUGGACGUAUUCUUUGAAGCAUUGAACUAUGAAACUAUUGAACAGAAGAAAGCUUAUGAAGUGGCAGGCUUACUUGGUGACAUUGGUGGCCAGAUGGGCCUGUUUAUUGGUGCUAGCAUUUUAACGAUAUUAGAGCUCUUUGAUUACUUGUAUGAGGAGGUCCAGAAAGCUCGGCAGUCUGUUUUGAGAAGUGGUGACAGCGAUGGUCAGUGCCAGAAGAGGAACCUCAGCCAAGUGCCUGAUGGCCUCAACCAACCAGGGCCUUAG